UGCGGUGCCGGUGCCGCUGAUCGCUUCCGCCUCAAUCCACCGCGUGCUCUCCUUUCCCGGACGACCCGCCGCGAGAUCCGGCUCCGUUUCGGGGAGGGCGGAGGGCUCGUCGCAUGAGCGUCUGAUCGGCGGACGCCGCCAUGGGCUGCGCUGGAUCCACGCCCAAAGUCGAUGAGAGCAGUAAGAAGCUAAGAAAGCCAAAGCCUUGGAAGCACAGUCAACCAAUAACACCUGCGGAACUCAAGCAGAUGUGUGAUGAAUUCUGGGACACAGCCCCACACUAUGGUGGACAGAAAGAGAUCUGGGAUGCACUCAGGGCUGCCGCUACAGAAGCUGACUUGACUCUUGCACAGACCAUAGUGGACAGUGCUGGAAUCAUCGUUUCGAAUCCCGAUCUUACAGUUUGUUAUGAUGAGAGAGGUGCCAAGUACGAGCUGCCUAAUUACGUUUUGAGCGAGCCAACAAAUCUGAUACGGGAUGGCUGAAUAAAAAAUUGCAGCAUCAGCACAAAACAUAUCUCUGGUGCGAAACGAUGCGCAUUUAGCGGUGCACAUUUGAGAAAAGUACAUAAAUAUUAUAGAUGUAUGUAAAUUGUGUGAAAUCGCUCAUGUGGGCACUUGCUCAGCGUCAUAUUCACAUCCAUAAAUGACAGAAUGUCCUAUGCUCACUAUAAUUUAUGUUAUUGCUAGGCACUGUUGCACUGUUGUAA